AUGAAAUCACUCGCAUCUGCGGUGGUCCCAUAUCAGGUCAUUUCGGCCAACCAAUGGCCGCAUUGGCGGGACCCCGGGGGAAGCAGCCAAUCCAAUUUGGGGGGGAGGUUGAGAAGCAGCGUGACCUUACCUUCAGGUAUGGUUUACUACCUUACAGGCUUACGCAAAAGUAAUAGGAACUCCCGUGACCUGAGCCAGAUUUCCGCAUCGCAUCUUCGAAAUGAUGGCCAACCCGAUCGCGUAUUGGUAAGCAAGCGAGAGGGGGAGUGA